GGACAAAGCCUGAUUGUUCCGGGGCCCCUUUCCCCACAGCGCCCGGGGGCAGGGGCAGAGGCGGGGGCCGGCCUGGUGACACACGCUUUCUCAGCUCUCCUCUCUCCUGGGGACACGGAGGUUGUCAGCACCCACCGCGGGACUUACGGGCAGCUCCCUGCAUUUCUCACUCUCUCUGGCUCGCUGCCUGCCUGUGACACGGUGCUGCCCCUUCCCCAAUUCAAGGACCCCUGAGCCCGUCAGCGGCCGGCCCCUGCAGGAAUAGCCAUGAAGAAGCUGAUUCUAACACUGGUUCUCAUCACUGCAGCCUGGACAGAGGAUCAGAAUAAGCUGGUGCAUGGAGACCCCUGUUCCAAGAAUUCUCACCCCUUCCAAGCUGCCCUGUAUACUGAAGGCCACUUGCUCUGUGGAGGGGUCCUCAUUCACCCACAGUGGGUCCUCACCGCUGCCCACUGCAAAAACACGAAUCUUCAGGUCUUCCUGGGGAAACACAACCUUCAGCAAAGGGAGAGUUCCCAGCAGCAGAGCUCUGUGGUCAAGACUGUGAUCCACCCAGGCUACAACGCGGCCACCCAUGACCAGGAUAUCAUGCUGUUGUACCUGAAACAUCCAGUCACACUCUCUGAACACAUCCAGCCCCUGCCCCUGGAGAGGGACUGCUCGGCUGACAACACCAACUGCCACAUCCUGGGCUGGGGCAAGACAGCAGAUGGUGAUUUCCCCGACACCAUCCAGUGUGCGGUGGUCCACCUGGUGCCCCGUGGAGAGUGUGAGCAGGCCUACCCCCACCAGAUCACUGAAAACAUGGUGUGCGCUGGGGAUAAGAAGCUUGGGAAGGACUCCUGCCAGGGUGAUUCUGGGGGACCCUUGGUUUGUGGAGACCGUCUCCGGGGUCUUGUAUCAUGGGGUAAUGUCCCUUGUGGAUCAAAGGAGAAGCCAGGCGUCUAUACCAAUGUCUGCAGAUAUGUCAACUGGAUCCGAAAAACUAUUCAGGCCAAGUGACUCUCCCAUGUGACACCCAACUCUCGCCCCACAAACCCACUGGCAGGCUCCAGAAUAUCUAUUACCAAUUCCUUCCCAUUCCUCCCCACCUGCCCAGGUUUGAUCCUUGAUGCUUAAGGAUCCCAGCUCUGCCACUUACUAGCUGUGUACCCUGGAGAAAUGUUUUCAUACAUUGUGUAGAUUUUCUCACCUGUAAAAUAGUUAAUAAUAGUAGUUUCUUUGUAAGAGGGUCACUGUGCUAGAAGGAUUCAAGGCUUCAAAUGUGCACACAUCUCAAAUGCCUAAUAAAGAGUGGAUUUUAUUAUUGA